AUGUACAACUUUUUUUAUUAUUUUCUAGCGAUAAUUGAACAGGCUUUGACUGGUGAGCAAGGCUGUGGCGGUGUUCUCAGAAGCUGGGAUGAAAAUAACUCGAAGGAAACCAAGGAUGAACAGGACCAAAUUGUCUUGGAACAUCUUGAAAAAUUAUGUCAGAGGGCUGUAUUUGUUGCAACACCCAGCAGUUUUAAGCGGUUCCUUACAGAGAACUGCAAAGGCGAUGAGAAACAGUUCAUCGAGGAUUUGUCCAUUCUUCACGUCUCGUCAACAUAUCGAGAUAAAGUAUUGGAGAUCUUACCAGAAUCACGAGUUCAGCUUGUGCAAUACCGUGUCAAUACUUAUGGUGCUCUGAUGAACGGCAAGAAAUGUUUGGUGAAACUACACCAACAUUCCAAGGAAGAGAUGCUGGGAACAGACGCUUUAAAGGCUGUUCCUUUACGAGAAGAAAUAGAAAUUCUUAAAAUUUUGAAUGCUGUCGUAGAACCAUGCCCAAAUAUAGUCCAACUACUUGGCUCAAGCUUUGAAGCUCCGAUGCAUUUGAUCAUGGAGAGAACGCCUAAGGGCGAUCUGUUGACAUACCUUAAAGGCCUUGAAGACCCCCCUGAAGCUGACGUACUACUCCAGAUUGCUGUAGAUGUUAGCAAUGCCAUGCUAUAUCUCGGCGUCCAUGACAUAAUCCAUCGUGAUUUGGGGGCCAAGAAUUGCUUUGUCUUCAUGCGCGAAAGAAAGCUGCUAACUAAACUUGGCGACUUCCAUCUUGCAAUUCUUUCAUAUUCUGGUGCGAGGUCUCCAACUGGUGAAGAUCAACCAUGCAAAUCUGUGAAAUCACCGGUAAAUGAAGAUUUUUUCAAUCAGUUUGCGGUGCGUUGGAUGGCUGCUGAAGCAAUUCGGAUGGGUGAAUUCAGUAGUGCAAGUGAUGUAUGGUCGUUCGGUGUGCUACUGUUUGAGAUAUUUACCUUUGGCUGCAAGCCAUAUGACAACAUGCCAAGUGGACGGUCUUUAGAGCGUGACGAGGAUGUUCGUGAAUUUGUAAGUAAGCAAUUAUCUGAUAAUAACCUAGAAAUUUUAUUUAACUUCUCUUGAACGUCGAUUGAAACCCACUUAAUCCUCGUUAGAAUCAAAAUGAAAAGCUGCCUUUUAUGCAUCCAUUUUUAAGCAAAUACAGCUUUAUAACAUUGGUCAAAAUAUUAUAAUAAAUGCGCAAAACGAUGAUUUAAAGCAGGGGAAAAGAAAAACAUGAGAGUGUGUUUCUACUUUAUCAGUUUGAUUAAAUUAAACUUAACAACAGUGGUAUGCAUCAGCUAUAAGGAGCAAUGGCAUUAAACUCCAUUUAAAUAAACUAAAUACUAAUGUUAUCAGGAAUAUAUCGAUCUUUUUCGGGAAGCUUCGGCGCCGAACAACUUGCCACGAAGCAACUCUAGCUCUACAUACAGGAAGUGUUAAAACUUUCAUUAAAAAUUAUUGUAAAUGCUUUGGAGAGAGGAAGUUGAAAACAUUUGUAUGGCAGAUUGUUCUUACUAGAGUUGUGAUUCAGUGUGCUAUGUGAAGGUUUUAUUUAACAUAGGUAUUAUUCACGGAAGUAGAAGUGAAUAGUGCAAAAAUAUUCAUUGAAACCACUGAGCUAUACUAUAUUACCGGAGGACCUGCUCGGCAUCAUCAAGUGAAGCCGAAAACAUGGCGGCUAUUACGCCAUUUCCAUGACAACACUUACUUUAUUUUCAUGGUAACUGCCACUGACCAACCGCGAUCCUAAACUUCCGACGAUGUCCUUAACCCCCUGGUUUUUGGGCAAAUAUUACGAUAUCGAUAUAAAGUUUUGUCUCGAGUUUUCUGUUGUUUUUGAGCUAAAAAAUCUUAAUAUUUCCCUCGAACAUUACUUGUUUUACAACGCGGAGCGAGGGUGCGGGUUUGCUUCGCUUGUGGAUGCAGCAGUUCACUACAAAGACUACAAAGAAAGACUAAUUCUUUCAGGUAAGAUUCACGAAACUUUUUUAUAACUUUCUAGACCGCUAGAGUCACUAGACCCUUCAUAUUAUGUCAAAAACUCAUCAUCCUAAUAUAUACAGCGAAUAUUUCAAUAGGGGACAUAAAAGUAUUGUUAACAAUUAAAAAUUGUGUACAUGAAAUUGUUGUUUUGUGUCAGCAUUGGCCUUUGUGGUUUUAUUGCCAGACUGCCAGCUUUUAAUUUAUACUAAAAAUUGUGGUUGUUUACAUGUUCGUAUCUUUUAAAACGUUUAUUAAAUAUGGUGUGAAAUUUAUAUACUUGCCCAUCACAGUGCAGAAUUAGUAUAUAUAGAUAAGAACAAGAUCAGAGAGAGUUGAGCCGUAGAGGAGGCCCACCUACAUGUGACAAUGUAUGUGCUCUGUCGGCUGAUCGAUGAGCCCUAAAGACAGUCUUUAUUAUUUUACUCUGUCUGUCUACAGACGAUUUUAAAGGGAUUGAGACUGCUCCCUGCUGCCACGCAGUGGGUUAAUUACACUAUCUGCAAAUAAGCAGCCCGAGAUAUAUAGUCAGCCCAUUAAGCUGCAAUGAACCUUGGCUACUUUCUUAUUUUACUCAAUCUGUGAGAUUAAAUCCAGAUGUUUUACUCAUAAUUUUACUAAAAAUAGAUAUCAUUUUACCAUUGUCUGUUCAGAACUAUAUAAAACUAUAUAGUUUUACACAGUAUGAUGUCAUAGUUACAUGGCAAGAACAAAAAUGUUGCCCAGAAGCUGCCGGGAUUUAAGUGAGUCACUGAUACACUAAUCAUGAGGUAAAUUCGGAAUGCUACAACAUUUCUAACAAUCAGGGUGGAUUUUCAAUUAUUUAAAAGAAGGGGUAGAAAAAUUUUUGGUGGGUUGCAAGCGGCACCACUCAGUGAGCUUUGGCAGGGAUUAGGCGUUUGGGUUAAAGCCUUUCGCACAAAAUAGGAGGGUUGAAGCAGAAUUUUUGGUGGAGUUGAACACUUUAUUAGAGGGGUUUAACCCCCACCCCCCAGAAAAAUCCGCCCAUGAUUUCUAACAUUGGGAGUAGUGAUGUCCGAUUGGCCAUGACACGGCCUGUGAGAAAUUAUGAUGAAAUUUGCUCAUAAUAGUUAAGUUUGACAUAUUUUAGCAGUCAGGAAUGUAAUUGCAUGGCUGAAUAUUGAAACAUGACACUUAAUUUUGAAGCUCAGAUCAAUGGUCUUCGUAAAAACAGGUUGGUCAAUUCAUUUCUAACUCAGAGGAAUUCCUCUGAAGAAUUCCUCAAAAAUUUGAAAAGUUCCUUAAAAAGUUCCUAACUUCCUGUUUCAUUGACCAAUCAGAUUGCUCAAAAAUAAAAUAUAAAAUCUGAUUGGUCGAUGAAACAGGAAGUUAGGAACUUUUUAAGGAACUUAUCAAAUUGUUGAGGAAUUGCUCAGAGGAAUUCCUCGAAGUUGGGAUAUGAAUUGAUCAACAUUUCUCGGAACGCUUCUAUUGGCACGAUUGUAAGAUAAACUGAUCCCAAACAAAGCCCUUCUGUAACACCAGCCAGUAAACAUCUAAUAAACAAUUUGAGAAUUAAAAAAAGUGGGGGGAAAAGUUGGAUCUUGUUCCAAAAACAAAUUGAACCGUAUCACGUUUCACUGACUUCGCCGCACGCAACGUCACCUCGCUGAAUACAAUAAAAAAAUACAUUUUUAUGGUAAUAUGUGAUGAAAUGGAAAGUAAUUUGCCAAUUUGGCGCAAAUUAAUGUAAUUAGGCGGAAAUCUAUAAUUAUGCAAAUAAACACAAGUGCACAACGCUUGUUUAUGAGUCUACAACGUAUAUUUAUACUUGUUAUUUUAAAAGUCAAACUGUCAAACCUUAAACUUGUCCUUGUUUACAUACCAAUUAAUCCACUAUAUUAUAUAAAUUCGCUGGUUCCAAAUUUUGGGGUUUUCGAGUCGUUACACAAAGAAAAACACAUCAAUUCAACACGCAAGAGAGUCCAGAGUGCAACACAACAUAUUUUCCACAAGAAACCGGCACAAUUCUUUGAAAAUUGGACGAAACUGUCUGAAAUAUAUAUUAGUCCCUCAGUGAAAACCCGCCAUUUUGAAAUUGAACUGAAUAUGUCACUGGAGCACUCUAACCUUGAAGUUCGGAAUUGUACGCGUGCGUACAAGGGUAUGGGCUAAUAAACGAAAAAUGUAGCACAAGCAUGGCAUGAGCCGGCAAUUACGUACAUAAAUACGAGCUUGUUACUAUAAUAUCUAAAUCAUGGAACCUAGGGGAAUCGAUGGAAUUUUGGCUUAAUCGUUGCACCCUGAGCCUGCGAUGAGCUAACACAAACUCCACUUCUCGACGACGAAGAAAACAGAAAACAGAAAAAGAGGGAUUUAAACACUUGGCCUACAGGCCAGUGUAAUAAUUAUAGACUUUGUUCUUGCUGUUCAAGUCUUUCCUAUGCAUUGUAUGCGAAAGUUUCUUAGUUUAAAUUAACUUUUGUUGAAGUUCAUGAUAAAAAAAUAAGCAAAUUAUAUUCAUUAGCGUCCUGUACGAAUUAAAUUUCUAAAUUCAUUUCAUUUCAUUUCAAAGUGCGAGUAAUAAGUUGAAGCUCGAGUUGAACAGUUUAUUAGCUUAAUAUCGGCAAAAAGCAGUUAAUUUCAAUUCACAUUUAAAAAAGUUUUAGGCAGAGUUUCGUUUUGAAUUUUACAUUAAAAUAAAAAGCAAAAUAAUAUUCCUACAUUAUAUUUUUUUGCAGGUUUGUGCAAAAAAUACAAAAAAAAAAAUUAUCGUGUUGCCAUGACUAACAUGACGUGAGCAACGCGAACCUGCAUUCAGUGUUGGCGUAAUUACGAAUACUUCAUGUUGGGACAAUGUUUGGAAAAUAUAAGCGAGGGGUUGUUGCAUGCAUGUAUUUCUAGUUACUAGAAAGGCAUGAAGCAAACUGUCCCCUAUAUUUUCAAAACAUUAAAUUUACAUAAAAUAUUCGGAAAUAGAUAACACUGAAAGCAGCCUCGCGCCAAGUGUUACCAUGACAACACGAUAAUUAUUUUAUAAUUUUGCACAAAACGGUAAAAUAUUUGAAAGACUAAUACUUCUAACGCUUGAGCAAUGGAUUUCCGGAAAAUAUAAUGUAGGUAUUUUAUUUUGCAUUUUGUGAAUUAAUGAAAAAUUGAAAUUGAAUCGCUUCGUAAAAUGCUUUUAUAUGUUCUUUCAACUAAAGUACAUUUGUCGUUAAACUGUUUUCACUUAAUGAAACAUAUUAAUAAGUACAAAUUGUUAGGUAAUUUGCACUCAUUUACAUUUUAAUUAUUUUCUUUUUAAAUUAACAAGGGUAAUUUAGGAAACUUACUGUACUGCUUCGUUGGAAAGGAAAACAGUUCAUCUUGUAGGCAUAAAUUUAAAGCAACAAAAUUCAUAAACUUGCCUAUAUUUCACGAUUUCCAAAUUAAAUAAAUGUUCCCAUUUCUUCAAACAAAAAUUGCUUUAAAGAUCGUUGUAUCUUCCAAAUACAUGUCUUUCAAAAUUGAAAAAAUCUUGCUUAUCCAACUCCUGGCAAUCACCCAUAUUUUUGAGAUCAGUGAAAGGUCCACCCAUACAGCAUGACUCCACUUUAGACUACGUCAUUGCUUUCCUUUCCCCGGGUGUAAAUAGCUGGGCUGAAUUAGUACCCUCGCCGCAGGCUUGCGGCCCGAACAGAGCUCUGCGCCGUUGGCUCGGGGAUGAUUUCUUGCUUAGCAUUAUUCAUUGAAAAAUUAACAUACUAUGCCUUUUUUUCUCCAGGUCUUAUCUGGAAAUAGACUCGAACUACAUCCAAAGAUCCCUGAUUCGGUUCAAGGGCUCAUUGAGUUGACAAUGAAAACGAUAGAACAGAGACCAACUUUUACAAGACUGAAAGAAAAAUUGUUGGAAAUAAGAUUUGGAGAUG